GCCUGUCAAUGCAGAGAGAUUGUAGUGAAUUCCGUGAGGUCAUGUUUUGUAGCAGGACAACAGAAUAGCCAUCAUUUAUUAUCUAAAUAAUUCAACUUAAUUCAUUUUCGAGGACUCGGACUUUUGUGGCUAAUCCAGAACUGACAUUCUGUAUUUUGUUGACGGAGUACAGAGAGCCUAGUUUGGAUGCCCAGAAAGUAGCUCCUCCAGGUUUCAUCAUGAAUAAAAACAAGCGAGGAGGAGAGAGGGAGUUCUAUAGUUUAGAUGUCGGAGAUUCCACCUUCAAAGUUCUGAAGCGCUACCAGAAUCUAAGGCCCAUUGGCUCAGGAGCACAGGGAAUAGUCUGUUCAGCGUAUGACCACAACCUUGAGAGAAAUGUGGCUAUUAAGAAGUUGAGUCGGCCGUUCCAGAACCAGACGCACGCCAAGCGAGCGUACAGAGAACUGGUGUUAAUGAAAUGUGUCAAUCACAAAAAUAUCAUUGGCUUAUUAAACGUAUUCAGCCCACAAAAAUCAUUAGAAGAAUUUGCAGAUGUAUACAUUGUGAUGGAGCUGAUGGAUGCCAACCUGUGCCAGGUGAUUCAGAUGGAGCUGGACCAUGAGAGGUUGUCCUACCUGCUGUACCAGAUGCUGUGUGGCAUCAAACACCUCCACAAUGCCGGCAUCAUACACAGGGAUCUGAAGCCCAGUAACAUUGUGGUGAAGUCAGACUGUACAUUAAAGAUCUUGGACUUUGGCUUGGCUCGAACAGCGGCUACAGGUUUACUGAUGACCCCCUAUGUAGUGACCAGAUACUACAGAGCACCAGAGGUCAUACUGGGGAUGGGCUACCAGGCCAAUGUGGACGUGUGGUCAGUGGGCUGUAUUGUGGCUGAGAUGGUCAGAGGUAGUGUGCUGUUCCCAGGCACUGACCACAUUGACCAGUGGAACAAAGUGAUAGAGCAGCUUGGGACUCCGCCCCAGGAGUUCCUGAUGAAGCUCAACCAAUCAGUGAGGACGUAUGUUGAGAACCGACCGCGCUACGCAGGAUACAGCUUCGACAAACUCUUCCCGGACGUCCUCUUCCCUGCAGACUCAGAACACAACAAACUGAAAGCGAGCCAGGCCAGAGACCUGCUGUCUAAGAUGUUGGUGAUUGACUCGUCUAAGAGGAUCUCGGUGGACGAGGCCCUGAAACACCCCUAUAUCAACGUGUGGUACGACCCAGCAGAAGUGGAGGCACCCCCUCCAAAGAUCACAGACAAGCAGCUGGAUGAGCGAGAGCAUACAGUGGAGGAGUGGAAAGACCUGAUCUGGAAGGAGGUGUAUGAGUGGGAUGAGUGGACCAAGCAGAAUGGAGUGAUCAGAGGACAACCUCCUCCUUUAGGUGCAGCAGUGAUUGACAGCUCCCCUCAGCCCGCCUCAUCCUCCUCCUCGGCCAAUGACGUAUCCUCCAUGUCGACUGAGCCAAGUGACCCCACCAUGACCUCUGACACGGACAUCAGCCUGGACAGCCACACCUCCCUGGGAGCACUGGCCUGCUGCAGAUAACACACACACACACACACACACACACACACACACACACACACACACACACACACACACACACACACACACACACACACACACACACAGACAGACACAGCCCUACACAUCCUGUCAUAGUAUACAUAGUUUGAGACACCUAAGGGUCCUUUGUUAAAAACAUUUUUUUUUUAUGUACAGCUUCUUUUAACUUCUCUGUCUCCUAUAUUCUGUAUUGCCGAUUGUGUACAUGCUGUAAAUUAUUAUAUUUAUUUAUUUAUUUUCUUGUGUCAGCUUCUGUCCCUCCAAGCUGUGUACAGUAUUUCUAUGCUGUAAGUUGUAGUCUUUUGGAUCUCACAGUGAAUGGAACUUUUUCCCCCUUUUCUCCAUUAGAAAGUGUUUCCUUACAAACACAUAUUUUAUUUUCUAGUAUUUAGUCGUCAUCUCUAUUUAAAUGGAUCCUAAAAACCAUUGAACAUAUUUCGACACCCUGUUACUCUGCAUACCCGUAGCUGUAGUGUUCUGUAGUCAUGGCUACAACUUUCUUUUUUCUAGUAAUGGAACAUCUCUUUAUUUAUAAUAUGACUGUAAUUGUAACGUUUUUUGGGGUGUUGGAUCUGGAGAUGAAAUGUUAAUGAGCAGAUAUGGGAGUAUGGGAAGGCAAUAAAAUCACCUGGCCCAAAUACUUUAGACACUUUCCCCUCUUUGUUGCUUGACUUCUUCAACCAGUUACAAUUUGCUGCCUGUCCCUCCUGCUUGUCCCUCACCCUUCGACGUUUGCAGUAGUAGUAGUUCUGGAUAAGUAGAAACACCUGUACAGUUCUGCAAACAUCAAAGGGUUGGGGCCAAGGGUAGCGGUAAGGGACCAAUUUGGGACAAAUUGGCUGCUUAUGUUUUAUUGUUGGGGCCAGGAGUCUUUCCUCAGGUUACAUGACCAGGCAAAACCCCUAGCCCUAAUUCAUUCGAUUUGAUUUAAGUGCUCUUACAGAUGUCUACUUUUUUUUUUUAGCCCCUCUCUAUCUCGCUCUGCUGUUGAGGCACUCGAAGAGUGUUUUGUUAGCUUAGUUCGCCUGAGCUCCUCUCUCUGUGCCGUCUCUGUUAGAGGACUUGGUUUUCAUUAACUACCUCGCCUAUAUGAGUUUCUGACUGACAUAACAGUCCACAGCAUACGGUCUUAAAAAAACAAAUGUGAAUAAAGUUUUAUUUUUAUUUAUUUAUUUGGAAAUGUACAAUUAUCAAUGUGAGAAGACUGCUAGUAUUGUACGUACUCACUGGGCACAGACAAUUCAAUUCAAUGUCUAUUCCAUGAUGUUUCAACAUAAUUUCAUUGAAAAUGACGUGGGAAACAAUGUUGAUUCAACCCAUGUGUACUAUGUAUAUACAUUUAUUUUUGUUUUAUUUUCAGUUGAUGUGCAAUACCUAUGAUUUGUAGACUAUAGAGUAGGUAGUGAGUGGUUGAUUUGUAUGCUAGAUGGAUGUUCUCCAGGGGUUUCAAAAGGUUUGCCGCCAGCCAUGUUUUCCUUUUUCUAGAUGAAGACGUAUUUGAUGGCUCGAUUCCAAACCGAUCCCUCACCCCUCUUCUCAACGUUCAAUCCCUAUAUGACCUGUGUAUGUUUGGAACUGGGCCCCAUCCCUGGCUGUGGUCAGGCCUAUCACACACCAGAAACAUGGCUGCGUUCAGGAGGGCUCAAUACUUUGGAACGUUCAGAUGGAAUCUGUGGAAUCCGUCUAGUAAGUUUCACCCUCCUGAGCGCAACCCAGGUUUCGUGGUGUUUUCCGCAAAGGCCAGUUGUAUAAAUUUUAGCCUUUUGAUCUGGACAAGGCCUCACUACAGACUUAAUGUACACACUGGAAAAAGUUAGACAAUGUCAACCUGCAACUCCUGCAAAUAAAGGGUUGAAUUUGA